AUGUCUGAUAAUAAACAAAUACAAAAUAGUGAAAAUACAAAUGAAUGGAUUAAUUGGAUUGAAGAAGCUAUUGAUAAAGAACAUUUAAAUUAUUAUGAAUAUAACCAAUUUACUGACAUUCAAGAAAUUGGUGCUGGAGGUUUUGGAAGAGUGUACCGUGCAAAUUGGAAAAAUACCAAAAAACAAUUAGCGUUAAAAUCUUUUUUUAAUCUUAAUAAUAUCACCAUGAAAGAAAUUGUUUGUGAGUUAAAAAUUCAACGUAAAGUUGAUUUUCAUGAUAAUAUAAUUCGUUGCUGUGGAAUAACAAAAUUUGAAUCAGAAAAUCAAAUUAGCAAUAAUUAUAUGUUGGUAAUGGAAUACGCCGACGGUGGUAGUCUUCGAAACUAUUUGAAAAAAAACUUUAGUAAACUCACUUGGGACGACAAAUUCAAUAUGGCGUACCAAUUAGCUUACGCUGUAUCAUGCUUGCAUAAUGAAGGGAUCAUCCAUCGUGACUUGCAUUCUGGCAAUAUAUUAGUUCAUCAAAACACGAUCAAAUUGGCAGAUUUUGGACUAUCAAAAAGAAUCGGAGCUUCAUCCAAUUUUCAAUCCAAAUUAUUUGGAAUGGUUCCUUAUGUUGAUCCUAAAAGCUUUAGCAGACGAAGUAAUAAUAAUAACCAAAUGUAUACAUUAAAUGAAAAAAGUGAUGUUUACAGUGUUGGCGUAUUAUUAUGGGAAGUAUCAAGCGGACGACCUCCUUUUUAUGCUGAAGGUGAAGAAUAUGAUGUUAGUUUAAUUUUGGAAAUUUCACAAGGUCUUAGAGAAACGGUUGUCCCUGAUACACCUGAUGAAUAUGUAAAAAUUUAUACUAAAUGUUGGGAUGGUGAACCUGAUAAUCGUCCUACCAUAUAUCAAGUAGUUGAUUUACUAAAAGCAAUAAUUACAAAAACAGAUAUAAUAAUGGAAAAUCAUCAAUUAUUGAAUGAAAAAGAACUGAAUGAGGUUCCUUUAAGUACCAAUAAUUCAGAAUCACGAGGAGAAUUAUCCCAACUUAUUCAAAAUUUUAAUGAAAUGAAUACAAAAGAAAUAGAUAAUAUAAUAAUGGAAAAUCCCCAAUUAUUGAAUGAGCAAGAACUUAAUGAGGUUCCUUUAAGUACCAAUAAUUCAGAAUCACGAGGAGAAUUAUCCCAACUUAUUCAAAAUUUUAAUGAAAUGAAUACAAAAGAAAUUGAUAAUAUAGCAGUAGUAAAUGAACAAGAGAAAUUUUCAACUGAAAAAGAUGUUAACAGAAUAGUUGGUGAAACAAAUGAUUUAAUUUUUAAACUAUAUAAUAAAGGAAUUGAAUGGAAAUUAAUAAAAGAGCAAGUUAUUGAAUAUUUUCAUAAUUAUAAUACAAAUUCACAAGAAAUUUAUAAUUGGUUAUCAAAUAAUCAAAAUAAUUCAAAUUCAAUUUUUUUACUUGGAUAUUUUAAUUAUUUUGGAAUUGAGAUAAAUAAAAAUAAUGAGAAAGCAUUUAAAUUAUUUAUUAAUGCAUCAGAAAAAGAUCAUAUAUUAGCACAAUUUUUUGUUGGUGAAUGUUAUUUUUAUGGACAUGGAACUAUAAAAAAUGAAAAAUUAGCUUUUGAAUAUUGUGAAAAAGUGGCUGAUAGAAAUUAUGCAACUGGACAAUUAGAAGCUGGUUAUAGUUAUGAAAAUGGAAUAGGCAUUGAAAAAGAUUUAAAAAAGGCUUUUUAUUGGUAUGAAAAAGCUGCAAAUAAUGGAAAUAUAAUAGCUAAGCAUAAUCUUGGUGAUUGUUACUUAAAUGGAAAUGGUGUUAAAAAAGAUCAUAAUAAAGCUUUUGAAUUGUUCAAGCAAUCAGCUAAUGGAGGAUAUUCAAGUGGAAUCUUAAUGUUAGGAUAUUGUUAUGAAGAAGGUAUUGGAACUAAAAUUGAUAUGCAAAAAGCAUUUGAGUUAUAUCAAAAAUCAGCAAAUUUAGGAAAUGAGAUAGCACAAUAUAAUAUUGGUACUAUGUAUGAAAAUGGAAAUGGAAUUACAAAAAAUAAAGAUAAAGCGAUUUAUUGGUAUGAAAAAUCUGCCAAACGAGGAUAUCAAGAUGCACAAAAUAGAUUAAAAAUACUACAAAAAGAAUCAACAAUUCAUAAAAUAAAAUCUUUAUUUUUUAAAUGA